AAAAAUAAUAAUUCAUGUAUAUUGAAUUUAAUCGAUCUUAAUUUAUUUAUCAAAAGGGUUCGUAAUCCAUGAGUUUAAUAAUAAUGUACUCAGCAAUUUAAAUUCGCUAUCACAUACGUUAGCUAGUGCGUCCGGCUGCAUCAGUUAACUGUGGGGCGACUGCCAUCGCAUACUAAAACUAUAACGAUAGUCUUAUCACUGAAACAUAUAUCUAUAAAUUUUUAUAUUUGAGCCUCACUAUAAAGGAAAAAUUAACAAACUUAUAUCACAUGUAAACAAGAUAUGUAAUCAAUCUAUUUAUCUGUUUAUCGAAAUCCAUUUUUUCUCGGGUAAAAAAAUUUACGAAACGUUUUUUCAUCAUUUAAAGUUAAUUUCCAGAUGCUGAAUUUUUAAUUGGAUGACACAAAAUUGAAAUAAGCCAUAUCCUCGACCUUCGGUGGAAACACACCUCCAGCACACGAUCAUUGGCUGUUUCUCGAGAAAAAAAGUUGGCAGAUGUAAUGGAUGAGAUACCGAUGGAUUAUCAUAUUCAAAUUAUUGGAGAAGAAAGCAAAGCGCAAGUACUUGCAUUUCUUCGUCGUUUUUUUUUUCGCGACGAACCAUUGAAUUACAAUAUUAAACUUAUUCCCGAAGGCGAAAAUAGUACUUGCAUACCGCUAGAAAAAUACAGUAUGUCAUCAAUUGAUGAAAGUUUGAGUUUGAUGGCUGUUUCAUCUAAUGGGAAUAUUGUGGGAGUGCAACUUAAUGGUACUACAGUCGCACCGGAAGACACGGACGAACCAGAUUUCAUAAAAAAUUGUGAAAAUGAAAAAUUUAAAAAAAUACUCAGACUGUUGCAUUAUGUUGACAGAAAAGCUGAUGUCCUUAGUCGGUAUCCGGAUAAAAAAAUGAUAGAUGUUAAAAUUAUAUCUGUUGAUAGUAAUUGGCGAGGCAAAGGUAUUGCUGCUACGCUUUGUAAAAAAACAAUGGAAAUGGCCAAGGAAUUGAAUUACGAUUACAUUCGUACCGAUGCAAGUUCUCAUUUUACUGGAAAACUAUGCAAGCGUCUAGGUUUCGAGCCAAUAUAUGAACUUAAGUACCAAGAUUACGUUGAUAGUAAUGGGAAACCUAUUUUUACACCUGCUCAACCACACACUUGCAUUAGUACGUACAUCAAAAAGUUGUAAUUGAAGGUAUCUCAAUUACAGUAAAGCAGUAACGUGAUAAAAAUCAUUAAAUUGAUAUCUAUAAUUUAAAUUAAUAGAAAAAAAUAGCCGAAAAUUUUUUAUACAAUUUAAAAUUAAGA